UCACGUCCGCACUUGAACUUGCAGCUCAGGGGGGCUUUUGCCAUUUUUUCAUCUCUCUCUCUCUCUUUUCAAAAAAGCCAUGACGGCUAUCCCACAAUCCAUCUUCCCUGCGCCAUCUUUGUAUUAUUUCUAAUUUAUUUUGGAUGUCAAAGGCAUUGAUGAAGAUAUUUUCUCUGGAGUCUCCCUUCUAACCCGGCUCUCCCGAUGUGAACCGAGCUGAACGCCACCACCAACCACCAUGUCUCGCCGCAAGCAAGGCAAACCCCAGCACUUCAGCAAACGGGAUUUUUCGCCCGAGCCUCCCCUGUCCUCCUCCACCGCGGUUCUGUCGGAGGACCGGGAGCAGCAGCACCGAGACCGGGAGCACCGGAACAAGGAGCACCACCACCACCAUAACCACCAUAACCACCACCACCACCCCCACCGGGGUCUGGUGCAGAACCAGCAGCAGAACCACGGCUCUCCCACCACGGAUGGAGGAGACCAGGACCUGCUCACGUGCGGCCAGUGCCAGAUGAACUUCCCCCUGGGGGACAUCCUGGUCUUCAUCGAGCACAAGCGGAAGCAGUGCAGUGGCGGCACCCUGUGCGGCAUAGACAAGGCCGUGGAUAAGGCGCCCUCGCCCUCGCCACCGCCCCAGCGCGGAGACGCCCCGCCCCUGAGGAGGCCCCUGUGCCACCCCGUGGAGGUGGGCAUCCAGGUUACGCCCGAGGACGACGAUUGCCUGUCCACCGCCUCCUCCCGAGGGAUUUGCCCCAAGCAGGAGCACAUUACAGGUAAAGAUGAGCCCAGCAGUUACAUUUGCACGACCUGCAAGCAUACGUACAGCACCGCUUGGUUCCUCCUCCAGCAUGCCCAGAACACGCACGGCUUCCGCAUCUACCUGGAGAGCGACCACAGCCACGGCAGCCCCCUCACCCCACGCGUGGGCGCCCCGUCGGGCCUGGGAGGGGGCGACCUGGGCUCCCAGCCGCCCCUCCACAGCAUGCACCUGCCUGAGGGAAGCCCCUUCAACCUCCUGCGCCUCCCCAACUCGGUGUCGGGCCGCGGAGGAGGGGUCGACGGCGGACUCGGAGGUCUGGGUAACAACGGCGCCAACAACGACGGAGGUAGGGUCGGCGGCGGACGGUUCCCGCCGACUCCGCCGCUCUUCAGCCCGCCACCGCGCCACCAUCUGGACCGCAUGGACCGCCUGGACCGCAUGGACCGCCUGGAGCGCAGCAUGGAGCACCGCAUGGAGCACCUGAGCCCCGAGGACUUGGCGCUGGCCACCCACCACCCGAGUGCCUUCGACCGGGUGCCGCGCCUCAACCCCAUGCCCCUCGACCUGCCCGCCAUGGACUUCUCGCGCCGCCUCCGCGAGCUGGCCGGCAACACCGUGGGUGUGGGUGCCAGCUCCACACCCCCGCUCUCGCCCAACCGGCCGAGCCCUAUGCAACGGCUGCUGCAACCAUUCCAGCAGGGCGGCGGCGGCGGCGGCAGCGGUGGUGGGGGUGCCGGCGCCGGCGGCGGCAUCGGAAACAAGCCGCACUCCUUCCUGUCCACCCCGCCGCUCCCGCCGUCCAUGCAGUCCCCUUCCGGCUCCCAGGGCACCCCCAACUCCUCGCUGCCCGGCUCGGGCCAGGGCUCGGGCCAGGGCUCCCUGCAGCAGCCGUCUCAGCAGCAUCCUCCACAGUCCACCACGCCGCUCAACACGCCGCUCAAGUCCUGCGAGUUCUGCGGCAAGACCUUCAAGUUCCAGAGCAACCUGAUCGUGCACCGGCGCAGCCACACGGGCGAGAAGCCCUACAAGUGCCACCUGUGCGACCACGCCUGCACCCAGGCCAGCAAGCUCAAGCGCCACAUGAAGACGCACAUGCACAAGUCCUCGCCCAUGACCGUCAAGUCCGACGACGGGCUCUCGGGCACCAGCUCGCCCGAGCCGGGCACCAGCGAGCUCCUGGGCAGCGCCAGCAGCGCCCUCAAGUCGGUGGUGGCCAAGCUGAAGAACGAGCGCAUGAUCCGCGAGAACGGCGAGGAGGCCGAAGAGGAGGAGGAGGAAGAGGAGGAGGAGGAGGAGGAAGAGGAGGAGGAAGAGGAAGGCGAGGAUGAGGAGGAGCUGGAGCGAGAGAGAGAGGGCAGGGAAGGAGGCAUCGGUGGCAGCAUCGGUGGCGGCAUCGGUGGCGGCAUCGGUGGCGGCAUCGGUGGCAGCAUCGGUGGCAGCAUCGGUGGCGGCGGCAUGGCCAGACGCAGCAACAGCUACCACUUCGGCCUGAACCUGGAGGCGGCACGACAUCACGAGAACAACGGCGGCAACGGCGGCGGCCACGGACACGGGCACGGCGGACACGGGGGCCAUGGCGGACGGGGCGGCCUGGAGGACGGCAUCCCGCGCUCGCUCCCCGAGGUCAUGCAGGGCAUGGGUCUGGCGGCCAGCAUGCAGCACUACAGCGAGGCCUUCCACGCGCACAAGCGCGGCGCCCUGGUGGCCUCCGAGGGCCACAGCGACCGCGACGGGCACGGCCGCGACCUGUGCCACGACGGCGACUCGGCCAUGGAGUCGGACCGCGUGGACGAGGGCUGCGGCACGGCCAUCAACGGGCGCGGCUCGUCCCCCAGCGAGGCGGCGGCGGCCGCCGUGGGCCUGAGCAAGAAGCUGCUCCUGGGCAGCCCCAGCUCCCUCAGCCCGCUCAGCAACAAGCGCAUCAAGACGGAGAAGGACCUGGACCUGCCGGCCAUGCCCAACAUCCCCAACUCGGAGAACGUCUACUCGCAGUGGCUGGCGGGCUACGCCGCCUCUCGCCAGCUCAAGGACCCCUUUCUGAGCUUCGGAGACUCCAGACAAUCGCCUUUCGCCUCGUCCUCCGAGCACUCGUCCGAGAACGGCAGCCUGCGCUUCUCCACGCCGCCGGGGGAGAUGGACGGCGGGGUGUCGGGCCGCAGCGGCACGGGCAGCGGGGGGAGCACGCCGCACCUGGGCGGCAACGGCAGGCCCAGCUCCAAGGACGGACGCCGCUGCGACACCUGCGAGUUCUGCGGCAAGGUGUUCAAGAACUGCAGCAACCUGACGGUGCACCGGCGCAGCCACACGGGCGAGCGGCCCUACAAGUGCGAGCUGUGCAACUACGCCUGCGCCCAGAGCAGCAAACUGACGCGGCACAUGAAAACGCACGGGCAGAUCGGCAAGGACGUUUACAAAUGUGAAAUCUGCCAGAUGCCUUUUAGCGUGUACAGCACCCUGGAGAAACACAUGAAAAAGUGGCACAGCGACCGCGCCUUGAGCACCGAAAUCAAAACUGAGUAGCGGGUUUUAAAAAAAAACAAGAAAGAAACAAAACAGAAAAACGACGCAAAGGCACGUUUUUUUCUUUAUAAUCCUUCUCUUCGCUAAAAAAGAGUAAAACCCCCCCCAAUCUCUCCCAUGACGUCCUUGUAGAUUUGUCCCCUCUCCCCCUUCUCUCUUCCUCGCUAGUCAUGUGGAAGCUAAGACAACGUGCUUGGCACCAGCACACUCUGUUUUCAUUUACGUUGAGUGCAUGAUCUGUAUCGGGGCAAUACUAUUGCAUUGACGCAAAACUUCGAGCCUUUCUCUUGUGCAAUAAUUUACAUGUUGUGUACUUUUUUUCUUUUUACUUUACCUUUUUUGAUAAUUAGACAGCAUGCAUGGUAUGUUUUUGGCUAAUUUGAGAAAAAAAAGAAAAAAAAUUGUCCCUGGUUGGUUAGUUGUUGAGUAACUGUGUUGCUGUUUUUUCUCGUUUUGUUCUUUUAUUUAAAAAAAAAAGAAAAAAAAGAAAGAAAAAAAAGACCAUGCUGCAUACAUUCUGUAAAACAUAUCAUGUACAGUUUUGUGUUGUAACAUGGAGGACAACAGUCUAACACUUGACCCUCUAUGAAUGGGUUGGGAUUCGCACUUAAAACUGAUCUUUCAAAAAGAUGUUAAGUCCACAUAUAGGGUAAAAAUUAUAAAUUGGGCCCCAUUAUGAAAUUCAAAACAGUGGCAGCCUUUGCAUUUCUUUGGACAAAAAAAGAGAAACAAAUGACAAAAGAAGUCAUUAAGAUUGAAUAUGUACUAUCAUUUGGUAAAACAAACAAAAAAGAGUGCCUUGGAUAUGUUGGAAACUGCAUUGGUUAAUCUUCCUAUCCACUAUAAGCUUGGAGACUCAGCUAGAUACUGGAAAAUAGAUCCAUUUGGUCCACAGAAAAAAAGGUUCUUGCAUCAAGCACCUGACUGCUACAGUCACCCGUGAAUAUAAAAAUCUAAAGGCAUUUUUAGUUAAUCAUCAUUUAUCUACCUAUAACAUUGUGUACCUUCUUGAAAGGUUGAGGGCUGUUUUUGUUUGCUCCGUGCACAGUACGUACAGUAUUGUGCUGAAUUUACGUGUGGUAUUAUUUCUUUGUACUCAAAAGGUACUGCAGAAUACAGGUACAGGUUCUUAAUAGACAAACACAAGCCAAUCUUUGCAAGGCCUCACCUAUCUAGCCUGCUUAUAUCUCAUUAUAUAAAAACUGAGAUGGUGAAAGAUGGCCACAUGACGAAACCUUACUUUAUCCAAGAAUGGAAACAAUCUAGACCCAAGCUAUCCAAACUGGUCUCGGUUUAGACAAAUGAGAAUACACAAUAAUUGUUUUCUUCCCGCAUAUCCAGAGUGAUGAUUAACUAUAAAUUCACCUUUAGCUUUAAAAAAUAAAUAAAAUAGUAAUGGCCACAGUAUUCAAUCUUGAGUUCCUUUCCAAGAGAAAAAAAAACCUAAAAUGAAAUGAAAAGAAAUGCAAAAACAGAAAAAUAAGUAUUGGUAGAAAAAGAAGUGGAAGUCCAUUUUUUUCUCCAUAUUUAUUUCAUAUGCUGUGUGCUAUGUUUGUGUUUGACAUUCUAGAGGAGAGCUCUGUUCAUGACUGAGCUACAGCCUCCCUCCCCCCAGGUGAUGGUGAGAAAGCACUUGUCACUCGGCAACCCCACGAAUCUGUAUCGCGCGCUCCGAUUGGUGGUACAGCAGCUGAGUAUAAAAUGUAAACUGCUUGCUUAUAGGACAAAAACGUGCACUGUUCAAUUUUCCCAGUUUACAGGUAUUCAUUUAUUGUCGUCAAGGGAAAAGGUAUUGUAAUGCUUACAAAAUGGAAUUUACAAUGUCGUUUUUUUAAUUAUCGCAAUGAGGCUUAAUGACAGAGAGAAUUUGCUGCCUGCCACCCCACCUCCGUUUUGGUCCCCCUCUGGCCCCCACCUGCCCCCCUCUUCUCUGAAAAACAUGACUUCAGUAUAGACACUCCGAGAGAGAGAGAAAGAGACCCACUCCAUGACAUAUCCGUUCGGUGCCCAGGGCAUAAACUCCUUCGCUAGACCAUGACCGAUGAAAAAAAUACAUGAAAGAAAAAACAAACUUGCUGCUUACACUGCAAGGACAUUUUUUGUACAAAUCGUUUUUUAAGUAUAAAUAUAAAAAAUGACUUUUUUUGGAAUAACACACAUUAUCUUAGGGGAAACUAUAUUUAAGUUUGUUGUUGUUUCUCUUUCCUCUCUUUGUCUUGAUGGUGUACAAGACUCGAUCAUGGUAUAUAUUAAAAUGGGAAAAAAAUCUGUGACAGUUUUUUUUGUUUUUGCCUUGGCUUUUCACAGGUCUUCAGGUCGAAUUAAACUUGCAUUGGGGAAAGGUUUAAGAUUAUAUAUAAAUAUAUAAUAGAGAUCUUAAAUAUAGGAAAAUGCACACUCAUGUCAAUUCCUAUGCUAAAACACAUUUAUGGUCUACUUUUUUCUGUAUUUCUAGAAUGGUAUUUGAAUUAAAUGUUCACCUAGUGUAGGCACUAUAGUAUUUAUAUUGAGCCUUGUAUUUUUAACUGUUGCUUGUUCUCUCUAAAAGGUAUUAUUGUACCUUUUUUGGUAGUGGAAAAAAACAACAAGCUGCCACGGUAUAUUUUUUUAAUUUGGCAGGAUAAUAUAGUGCGAAUUAUUUGUAUGUUUAAAAAAAUAAUGAAAAAAAAAAUCCAAUAAAAACAUUAUGUGGCAUUGUAUAAAGACAGACCAUGAGAUGGUCACUCCUGAAGGGGUACUUUGCGAAUGUCCACACUAGCUAAAACAGGUGGUUGUACAUAUCUUAUCUUUGUUUUUUUUUCUUUGUUUUUUUGUUUUGUUUGUUUUUUAAAAUAAAAAAAUCUUCUCUGCUGCCAUUCUGUAAUGCAGUAAAGCAAGCUGAUGUUGGGUUGUUCUGUAGUGUGCUUUCCUGUCCUUUCACCUCUCCCCCUGACUACAUUCCAACAUCUUAACGAAAACAAACAAACUUCAUAUGCAGUAAAGACCAAUACACAUACAAAUGAGAUACAUGGAAAAGAAUAAACAAAUUACAAAAGUAAUCAAUGUUUUGCAAGUUUUUUUUCAUUGCCAAACCCUAAAUGGUGCUUUAUAUUUAGAUUGGGACGACUUUCAUAUGCAAAGCAUAUUUAAAAAGACGUGGAUCUUAUGGAUGAGGCCGCUUUAGUUCAUACGUUUUUGUAAAUGGCAAUGCGGAAUAUUUUGUUAUCAGCCUUUUCUAUUCUUGUUCUGAAAGCUGUUUGUUGUAACUUGAACUUGAACUUUAUCUUUUACAAUGGGAGUCACUAUUUAUUAUUAUUACUUGUAUGCUCUGUUAAAACAGAGGCAAGAAUGGAUCUUUUUUGUUGUUUUCUUUUUAUUUUUUGGGUUGUUUUAUUGUUUUCUUUUUUUUAAAGAAUGACCAAAGGUCAUUGACAAACCUUGCUUUUUUGUUUCUAGUCUAUGUUAAGUUUUAUUGGAGAAACCACUGUCUGUGUUUUCUGGCAGUUGUCUGCAUUAUCCUGUUCACA